AUGCCAUCCUAUGCAAAAUUUUUAAAGGAAAUCCUUUCCAACAAAAGGAAGCUAGAGGACUAUGAGACUGUUGCUUUGACAGAGGAAUGUAGCACCAUCUUGCAAAACAAGCUAUCUCCAAAACUAAAAGAUCCUGAAAGCUUCUCUAUACCUUAUUUUACUGGCAACAUGAAUAUAGAUAAGGCCUUCUGCGAUCUUGGUGCUAGUGUGAGUCUGAUGCCUCACAAUAUGCCAAAAGUCAAUGUUGAAGAACUCACCAACAACUAUCUCACUACAAUUGAGAUGGAGGAAGAUGUUCAGAUUCUCAUUAUUUUGGGAAGGCCUUUCUUAGCAACCACCAGAGUUAUCAUAGAUGUAAAAAAUGGGCAGUUAACUCUCAAAUUAAGAGAAGAGGAAGUGGAAUUCAACCUAUUUAGAGUAAUGAUACACAAAUCUAAAUCUGAUAAAUGCUUGAGGGUUAACAUUAUAGAUAAGCUAGUAGAAGAGAUAUUCCAAAAAAGAUAUCCUGAAGAUCCUCUCAAAGCAUGCAUAGUGCAUAGCAAUACAGUGGACAAUGAAAAUAAAGAAAUUGUAGCAUUUGUACGAUCUUUAGAAGCUAGCCCACCUCUACUCUUAACCCAAGCACUACAAGUGGAAGAGUUAAAAGAAGAACAACCUAAAAGUCAACCACUAGAGGACACCUAA